AUGACAUCCAUGGAGAACAGAUCUGAAGUGAAUGAGUUCAUCCUCACAGGAUUAACAGAUGCCCCAGAGCUUCAGGUCCCUGUUUUCAUAAUGUUCACCUUCGUCUACCUCAUCACCCUGGUAGGGAACCUGGGAAUGGUAGCUCUGAUCUCCAGCGAAUCCUGCCUCCACACUCCCAUGUACUUUUUCCUCAGUAAUCUCUCUCUGGUGGACUUUGGCUACUCCUCAGCUAUUACUCCCAAGGUGAUGGCUGGGCUCCUCACAGGGGACAAGUUCAUCUCCUAUAAUGGAUGUGCUACACAAUUUUUCUUCUUUGCGACUUUUGUUACUACUGAAAGUUUCCUCUUAGCCUCCAUGGCCUAUGAUCGCCAUGCUGCUAUUUGUAAACCUUUAUAUUAUACCACUACCAUGACAUCAACUGUAUGCACAUGUCUGGCCAGUGGUGCUUACAUCUGUGGUUUUCUGGCCUCCUCCAUAGUCAUAGGAAGCAUGUUUAGCCUUUCCUUCUGUAGGUUCAACAUAAUCCAUCACUUUUUCUGUGAUAUUGCCCCUCUCCUUGUUCUCUCUUGCUCUGACACUCAUAUCGUUGAGUUAGUAUUCUUUAUCUUAGGGUCAUUCACUGCCUCUUUCCCAUUUCUUGUCAUCUUUGCUUCUUACUUUUUAAUCUUCAUCACCAUUCUGAAGAUCCGUUCUGCUGAAGGCCGCCAGAAAGCCUUCUCCACCUGUGCUUCCCAUCUCACAGCAGUGUCCAUAUUUUAUGGGACUAUCUUCUUCAUGUACUUCCAACCCAGCUCAAGCCAUUCGAUGGACACAGACAAAAUAGUGUCAGUGUUCUACACCAUGGUCAUCCCCAUGUUGAACCCUCUGGUCUAUAGUCUGAGGAACAAAGAGGUCAAGAAUGCUUUUAGGAAAGCUGUGAGGGGACGACAACUUCAGUUGAAUCAUCUUCUUUUUUAG